CUCUCUUCGACCUCUUCACUCUAAAAUAUUUUCCCUUUUUUUUGGCUAAUUUUUUUCCUUUGCAGCAGUCUUUCAAAUUUUCCCCCUCCCCAAACCCUAACCCUAAAACCUCAAAACAUCUUCUAACAGGCUAGCAGGAUGGGAGAGACCAGGGACAACGAGUACGAAGAUGAGCUUCUCGACUAUGAGGAAGAAGAUGCCCAAGCUCCUGACUCUGUCGCUACCAAAGCCAAUGGCGAAGCCGCCAAGAAGGGCUAUGUUGGAAUUCACAGUUCAGGAUUCAGGGACUUCCUUUUGAAGCCAGAGCUUCUUCGAGCAAUCGUGGACUCUGGAUUUGAGCAUCCAUCAGAAGUGCAACAUGAAUGUAUACCUCAAGCUAUUCUGGGCAUGGACGUGAUUUGCCAAGCUAAAUCUGGGAUGGGGAAGACCGCAGUUUUUGUUCUGUCAACUUUACAGCAAACUGAGCCAAACCCGGGCCAAGUUACUGCACUUGUUUUAUGUCAUACUAGGGAGUUAGCUUAUCAGAUCUGCCAUGAGUUUGAGAGGUUCAGUACUUACCUGCCUGAUAUAAAGGUUGCUGUCUUUUAUGGUGGUGUUAAUAUCAAAAGUCACAAAGACUUGCUGAAAAAUGAAUGUCCUCAAAUUGUUGUUGGCACACCUGGAAGAAUAUUAGCUCUUGCAAGAGAUAAAGACCUCUCAUUGAAGAAUGUGAGGCAUUUUAUCCUUGAUGAAUGUGACAAGAUGCUUGAAUCACUUGACAUGAGAAGAGAUGUGCAGGAGAUAUUCAAGAUGACUCCUCAUGAUAAGCAAGUUAUGAUGUUUUCAGCAACACUCAGCAAAGAAAUCCGCCCGGUCUGCAAGAAAUUUAUGCAAGAUCCCAUGGAAAUAUAUGUUGACGACGAGGCCAAGUUGACUCUUCAUGGUCUUGUACAGCACUACAUCAAAUUGAGCGAGCUGGAGAAGAAUCGGAAGCUGAAUGACCUCCUUGAUGCAUUGGACUUUAAUCAAGUUGUUAUUUUUGUUAAAAGUGUGAGCAGAGCUGCGGAGUUGAACAAGUUACUGGUUGAAUGUAAUUUUCCCUCUAUAUGCAUCCAUUCUGGAAUGUCCCAGGAGGAAAGGUUGACGCGGUACAAGGGUUUCAAGGAGGGGAACAAGAGGAUUCUUGUGGCCACGGAUUUGGUUGGAAGAGGAAUUGACAUUGAGCGUGUUAAUAUUGUCAUCAAUUAUGACAUGCCAGAUUCAGCUGAUACCUAUCUUCACAGGGUUGGUAGAGCUGGUAGGUUUGGUACUAAGGGUCUUGCGAUUACUUUCGUCUCCUCUGCAUCUGAUUCCGACAUUCUUAAUCAGGUUCAAGCAAGGUUUGAGGUGGAUAUAAAGGAACUUCCAGAGCAGAUUGAUACAUCUACAUACAUGCCAUCAUAAACGAGGAUGGAUGGAGGCUUUUUGAAGCGAAAUUCGGAUGUAGGGUGCUGCAGCCCUUUAAUGUAUCUCUUGAGACUAAAGUCCAAUGGUCGACAUAUAUGGCCUUGGAGAUUCCAAAUCG